GACAAAUAAGCAAAUAUUUUAAUGAAAGAUUUUUGUUUGAAAAAAAUGACUGAUUAAUUUUUUUUUUGUUCAUCCUCUUAAAUAUUCUAAUCAUUAAACUCAAUCAUGUCAAACAUUAUUAGUGAUCAUAAUCUUGCAAUUUUAUCAUGGAAAAGACUUCAUUUGGCGCGUGCAAAAUUGAAGGCUAGCUCACGAACAUCAGCUUUAUUAUCCGGAUUUGCCAUGGUUGCCAUGGUUGAAUUACAAAUAACAAGCAAAGUGCCAAUGGGUUUAUUGAUAGCAUUUACAGUCUGUACAACAUUAUUAGUAUCGGUUCAUAUGCUUGCAUUGAUGAUAUCAACUUGUAUAUUACCGAAUUUAGAAGCUGUCGGAUCAAUAGCAUCAUAUGAAUAUGGAUUAACUGCUGUACAAGAAUCACCACAUGAAAGAUUAAGAUUUUGUAUAGAAAUGGCAUGGUCAUUCAGUACAGUAUUUGGUAUAUUUUUAUUUUUAUUCGAAUUGGCUUUAUUAUGUUGGGUUAAAUUAUGGGAUAUACAAUAUGGAAAAAAAGCAGCAUUAGCUGCAACAAUAUUGCUAAUACCGAUUGGUAUUAUAUUUAUUGGAUUUGCCAUACAUUUUUAUCGAGCAUUAGUUGCACAUAAAUAUGAACGUACUGAACGUAAUUAUCAAGAACUUGAAUUUUUUGUCAAUCAAUUAAGUAAUCUUCGUAAUGAUAAUAGUAGAAUUAUUAAUGACACUGUGAUCAAUGUAAACAACAAACAUCCAAUUUCAAAUGCUAAAAUUUUAAAUGAACAAUCAAUACAGAUGACUGAACAAAAUUUACUCGUAAAAUCUCCAAUUCAAACAACAACAACAAUGAUUGAAAAUAUUUAAAUGAUGAUCAACGAUAACAGAAAAAAAGUGAUAAU